AUGGACCUGAGUCGUGAGGAGACCUUCAGAUCGGAAUCCUUUGGACAUCAUGUUGGUGAAAUCGCAUGGGAUGAGGGAAGUACCCAGCCUGAGGAACAGGCCGGUGGUGCAGCAGUGCUGGUGGCUUCUUUGACGGGCUCGAAGCGGGUGAGUCUCCUGGAGGUCAGUGAUGACUCGCAUGCACAUUCCUGCCGCGAGCUUCUUGGGAUCAAGCGGGUGCAUGGCCCACCGCCCCGCGAUUCGAGCCAAGUAGAAGAUCAGACCGAUCGCACUCCUACGGCUCAAGAUUUUUUCCUUGUUCUGGACGACGGCAGUGCGGAGCUUGAGUACCAGAUUGGUCAUUUGAAUCUCCAGGCUGCUGACGGGAGCCCUUUGAUUGUUCCUGUUAUUGCCAUUGCAGCUGUGCAUUCUCGGAUACUAGUCGCUGUUCCAGGCAAGUUUUGGCAUCGAACCGUGAAGAAUCGUCUUCUCCCAGCUGGUGCCCUCAGCAAGGUGAAUUCCAUUUCAGUUUCGGCUGUUGUUGAGAGCGAGCGAGACCACCAAGCUGACGAUAUCUUCAUCAAAGUAUGGUUGGGACUUUUGGCACCAGAGCUGGAAUCCAACCUUGUGUUUGGCGAGCUGAGUCAGGAUGCUGUGAGCUCAGCCUUCCCCACAGAAGAUGGUACCCUGGGUUUUGUGCCUUAUGCUCUUGCCCUCUCUCAGCUAGCCGACGACCGCUACUCGUUCUUGACCGCCGAGAGCGAAAUGGUGGAACAAGACACUCGAAAUCGGCUCGCUCGGUUAGAAGAAGCCAUUCUCAACAUCAACACCUCCCUCCAGAGCUUGCGGAGCCAGAAGGGCCCUGUUGUCGAGACUACGCAGCCUGCUGCGGCUGCUUUGAAGGCCGGGGUAGAGCGGCAACAUUUGGAAGCCCUUGGACAGAUGCUGCUUGGUCAUCGGCCUCAUCUUCCGGAUGCUCCUCGGACUGCGAAAGCCAAGGUAGAUGUGCUCGGCGAACCCCUCGACGAGGUGAACGAACCAGAAAGUCAGCUUCCCCUGCACGAGCCAGAGGAUCCGAUGCAGUCUGCUCUAGUGAAGCUCACAAGCAUUGUGGAGACCCUCGCUUCAGCCAAGAAAGUGAAAGGUCGUUCUCUGGAAGACACAUUGGACGAUUUUGUAGGCCACUCCGAGGUGAGUUCCUCUUCCUCGUGCACUGGGAAUCGAAGACAUUCAGCCGUGCUCGCCACAUUACGGCGAGCGAUGAAAGACUGCCCAGAGGAGAUCUUUGCAGUGGUCGAGCAAAACAUGCUUCGAGAUUGUGGCUUAGUCGAGUUGUCACCAGGUCUCAGUGCUCAUCAGACGACUUUCCGCGGGUGGUGCGAGCAUCGGAGCCGAGUGCCCAACAUCCCAGGCACUGUUCGAAUGCUCUGGGCUGUGUGCGGAGCUCUCGACAGUCUGAGAGCGCAUCGCGUGGAAGAAGCAAAGGCCAAACUUGCUCUCUUGAUCAGUGCGAUAGAUCAGGUGGCCUGCGAUCGAGGUUCCUGGAUUCUAGGGUCAGAGAUACUUCUCGAGGAAUCCCCUCCUCUGAGCAAUUUCGGCAAACACGUGCCUCCAGAAGCGUUCGAAUGCCAACAUUCGCGACUCCUCCCUUCGUCAUGGAUGGAAGCCAUGAUGCACAAAGUGAAAGAAGUCGACGACUUUGCAGAAAAGAAAGCCAAGCUAGGAAAGAAAGCCAAGUUGCCAUCGCCUCCUGGCCUGGCGCAGCAAAACCAGGAAGAAGAGAAAGGAAAGGGGAAGGGCAAGUACAGGAUCGUUCCAUCGCAAGCCUGCCACUUCCUCGAAGUUGAGGAGUACCGCCUUGAUGUGGCCUAUGCCGCUGCCUUACCCGGGCCUGAGACAUGUCCUCCUGAGAUCGUGCUCUUUGAAAAGUUGGGUAAGAAGCAAUGGCAGAUCGUUCAUCAGAUCGAAGGCUGCUUGAAGGUGAAGGUGCACGCUUUGGAACGCGAAAAGUGGCGAUUGCUGGAGAAACUAGAUGCUUCAGGACGUCUGGGUGUGGUACGAGCUUCAGAAGAUGUUUGGGAGCUGAUGAAGAACUUCCAGACGGCAGCACCCUGCCUGGCCAUCCACUCUUUUUUGGAGCUGCUGUCCGCAUUACCAUUCGACGAAGACUUCAGAAAGAAGACAAAGGUAAAUCCCAGAGAUGCUGGCGCGCGUGGAGUUCGCCAACUUUCAGAGCGAGCGCUGACAGCUUUGCGCCGCGUCAGUCGGCAGCAAUUUCUGUUUCCGAAAACUUGGGAAGUGGAAUCCAAGGUCCCCGAGGGCUUCUUUGCCCCGUUGUACGACAUGGCACUUCAAGGUCGGUGGGACCGGAUGGACCCUUCGUUGUGCGGCAAGUACGUCCGGUUGCCAUGCGAUUGCCGAGCAGAUGAGGAGACCAAGAAAUCCCGACAUCCAGAGAUCGCUGUGUUUCCUCCCACCGAGGCUCCGACGCGCCGCACGAUUUGGGCCGGGCUUCUCCCUGCGAAAGAGCCGCCGGAAGGCGUGAAGGUUUGGCGGGAUUCAGGGGACCCCGAGCAGGACGAAGGACGACCUACUAAUGGACGACCUGAAAUGUUGUAG